GUUGACAUUGUGGACAUCUAUGAGUCUAUCCGUGAAAGGCAGCGUCAUGACAGCGAAAGGUCUACCUGCAGCACCUUGGAGCAGAACGACAUUGAAGCUGUUGAAGCGCUUGUUUGUAUGAGCUCCUGGGGUCAAAGAUCACAGAAAGGUGACAUAUUAAAGAUAAGGCCACUUACGCCCUUCUCGGAUUCUGGUGAUUUCACAAUGCAUGCUGAGGCUACGUCUGAAUUACCAAAGGACUAUUUAUCUACACUGUGCAUGACCCCUCCACACAGCCCUGACUUUGUUGAGAUAUCAGCUGCUAUGCUCCUCUCCUCACAAGUCACUUACUCCAAACCAAGGACUGUCAUGGCAAAUACAGCUGCCUGCUCAGUCACAUCAGCGACCGGUGCCUCUCCCAUAACUAAGCCAUCUGUUAUCAACAUGGAGCGACAGUGCAGCCAGAAGCCAGUGAUAUCUGAAUCCUUUGCCCCUCCGCCUUGCAGGGCCAUGGCAACAAGCGUGAUACGUCACACAGGUGACAGUUCUGCUUGCCAUCACAUACCUGCUGUGCAAGAGAAAACAAAGGUAACUUCAGGCUACAGCACUUCCAGAGACUGGUGUGGAACAGAUGACCGAAGACAUUCCAGACUGCCACAGGACACGUGUGCUGCAGAUGAUUUAAUUAGCAAAACCUCUCCAGUACAUCAACCUUAUGCACAUGACUCCAGUGAUAUUGUGACCAAUAAAGGACAACUACCGGUCCGGCCUGUUUCGCCACAGACCCACUUACCAAAGAAUUGUGAGAAUGACUUGCAAAAAAGAGCUACCCCAGUGACACCUGCCCCCGUUUCAAGCCCCCAAGUUCUCUGUCAAAUGAUCCCUUUAAAUGGACAAAGCAGUAUGAUCAAUGCCUAUGUCAAGCCUUCAACUCCAACAGUCUCAACUCCCAUGAAACCUAUUUUACCGCAGACAGCCCCGCUCUCUCAGCCUGUACUCAUGGGGCCUUCUGUGCCUCAGGGGACCGUCAUGUUGGUUCUUCCACAGACUGCUGUCACACAGACACCACAGUGCCCGCAAACAGUAAUGACUGUUGGGAACACCAAGUUACUGCCUCUUGCUCCUGCUCCUGUGUUCAUCGCUUCUGGUCAAAGCUGCACCCCCCAGAUGGACUUUUCUAGACGGAGGAAUUAUGUUUGCAACUUCCCUGGGUGCAAGAAAACCUAUUUCAAAAGUUCCCACCUCAAAGCCCACCUUCGCACCCACACUGGAGAAAAGCCUUUCAGCUGCAACUGGGAAGGCUGUGACAAGAAGUUUGCUCGCUCAGAUGAACUGUCACGCCACCGUAGAACCCACACGGGAGAGAAGAAGUUUGCUUGUCCUGUGUGUGAGCGUCGCUUCAUGCGCAGCGAUCACUUGACGAAGCACACCCGCCGCCAUAUGACCACAAAGAAGAUCCCCAGCUGGCAGACAGAGGUUGGCAAACUCAACAGAAUUGCCACAGCAGAGAAACCGAAAAGCAGCGGUGCUCUGAGUAUGCUCAUCCCCAUGCCACCAUCUGUCUGUCAGGGCUAGUGAGAGAAAG